GCAAUUUACCCAGAUCUAGUUUAAAAGCUGGAUUACAUUCUAGCAGUCAAAGACGUCAAAGUUUACCUUGAACCGGAAAUAAACAUUGUAAACAAAAUUUCUCCCAAGACUUCUUCAGUACUUGCUAUGUGAGUAACAGUUGGUUUUAAUCUAUUCAAUUGUUUAAACAUGUCUAAUGCAGCACGUUAUGGAAGAAUAGUAUUUAGGCAUGUAAAAAGUCAUUCAAGAAGUGGUGUUCUUUUUCUUCGGCCUAAACCCACCUAUUGCAGAGACUCACAACACCCUUCAAUAUCAGCAUUUGUGCUGUGUCGUUUAUCGUCCAGUACAACUACCUCUGGCAGCUCAGGCAGUGGAGGAGAUGAGGUGACAGAAGAUAAAAAGCCAAAAAGCACUAGCACAACAAGCAAUGGGAAAGGAGGUGAUAAGGGCAAAGGAGGCAAAAAGGGAUCUUCUCAGCUCUGCUGCCCAAAAUGUGGUGACCCUUGCACCCAUGUGGAAACUUUUGUUUCCUCUACACGUUUCGUCAAAUGUGAAAAAUGCCAUCACUUUUUCGUAGUUUUGUCAGAAACAGAUUCAAAGAAAAGUUUUAAGGAGUACAGAGAAGAGAAGAUAAAUCAAAGGAAAAAGUCACCACCACCUCCUAAAAAGAUAUUCGAGUUCUUGGAUCGCUAUGUUGUUGGACAGGACCAUGCUAAAAAAGUUCUAUCUGUGGCUGUCUAUAACCAUUACAAAAGAAUUUAUCAUAACUUGCCCCAAAGUGGCACUAAUGGCAACCAAAAGCAGAGUGAUUCCUCCAUGUCCCAGUCAGGCCAGCACUAUCCUCACACUUUCUCACCAAGAAGUGCAGACCUACUUCAGUCUGCUGUAACAGGACCCCUUGGUCCAUCUUUAGGUGGCCAGCAAACACAGUCUCCAAUGACUGGGGAAGAAGUGACCAAGAAAUCAGAUAUAUUAGAUUCUGGUGUACAUGAACUGCAGUUGGAGAAAAGUAACAUCCUAAUGCUUGGCCCAACAGGAUCAGGCAAAACACUUUUAGCUCAGACCUUGGCUCGAUGUCUUGAUGUUCCCUUUGCUAUUUGUGACUGUACCACUUUGACCCAGGCUGGCUAUGUAGGUGAAGAUAUAGAGAGUGUUAUAGCUAAACUUCUUCAGGAUGCCAACUACAAUAUAGAAAAAGCACAGCAAGGUAUAGUAUUUCUAGAUGAAGUAGAUAAAAUUGGGUCAGUGCCUGGCAUACACCAGCUGAGAGAUGUGGGGGGUGAAGGUGUUCAACAAGGAAUGCUUAAAAUGCUUGAAGGAACUAUAGUGAAUGUCCCUGAAAGAAACUCUCGCAAGCUUCGAGGAGAAACAGUGCAAGUGGAUACAACUAACAUCCUUUUUGUGGCGUCUGGUGCAUUUAAUGGUCUUGAUCGUAUCAUUAGCAGAAGGAAAAACGAAAAGUAUUUAGGUUUUGGAACUCAAAGGUCAACAAAUGAAGGCCGCAGAGCAGCUUCAGAAGCUGAUGUCAAAAGCCAAAGUGAAAGUUCCAAUGCUGCUCUGGACAAUGAGGAAAGAGAUGCAUUGUUGAAACAAGUGGAAGCAAGAGACAUGAUUGAGUUUGGUAUGAUACCAGAGUUUGUUGGCCGUUUGCCAGUUGUUGUACCAUUCCACAGUCUAACAGAAGAUAUGUUGAUGAGAAUUCUGAUUGAGCCUAGAAAUGCCUUAGUUCCUCAGUACCAAGCACUUUUUAGCAUGGACAAAAUUCACUUGGAUGUCAAAGAUGAUGCUAAAAGAGCUAUUGCACAUUUGGCACUGGAGAGGAAAACUGGAGCUCGAGGCUUGAGGGCAAUUAUGGAAAGUAUUUUGCUGGACGCCAUGUUUGAAGUUCCUGGCUCAGAUAUUACAACUGUGAUAAUCAAUGAGAAGGUAGUGAAGGGCGAGGAGUCGGCAGUUUACAUCAGGUCACCUCAUCUCAAUAAUGAUGAUAGAGACACAGAUGACCACACCUGUGAGGAUGAAGAGGAAAUGAAAAUGAGGCAGUUGUAAUCAGGUCAAGCUGUUUUAUAUGUCAAACAGAGACGAGGUUUCUCUCACGAAGCAGAUACUUGACACUUUACAAACUGAAGAAAUAUAUUUCAUGAAGAAUUUUUUAAAUAGAAAAAAAACAACACUAAUAACAUUUUAUUGUUUUAUAGUCAUUCACAUUCUUUGUAAACAAUUAGAAAACAUUGACAACAAAUGACAGGAAAUAGUGCAUGGUAAAUAUAAUUGAUCAUUUGUAAGUUUAUAAAGAAUGAUUUCAUUAUUUUGGUGGCUCAUCUUUUUAACUGUAUGAUAUCUUUUCAACAUUGAGCCUCAAUGGCUUCAGUUUUUCAGUCUUCAAAGUUUUAAUUCUCCUAAUUCAAAAGUAUUAACAAGGUUAGUAAAACAGUGAAAUAUCUUGUAUUGGAUUACAACUUAAAACUUUAAAAUAGUAAACAAUAGAUCUCUGCAUAGCAUCAUUUUUUGUCUUUUAUUUUUUUUCAUUGAUAUCAGUUUUAUAAUAAAAAAAAAAUUCAACAAGAAAAUAUUUUAAUACAAAAUUUAUAUUGAGCUCAUUCCCCACCCCCCACCCCUAAACAUUACUCCAUUGUUAUAUUUUUAUAAUUUUCUAGUAUUUCUAAGCAACAUUUAAUACAGCACUUCUCAAGACUUCAAUUCUUAGUGCCCUAGUCUCGAAUCACUGAGAUUUGUCGUUAUAGUAAUUUGUCCCUCACUAUUUGUUUCUUCUAACAAAAAAAAAAACUGUUUUAAUGCUUACUGAUUUUAUGUUUUUUAUUUUUACUCACUCAUGUUUUUAGUCAUUACCUGUGUUAUUUUAAUUUAUUCCAACUUUCAUCUCUCUUGGGAUCGCUGUGGGGUUACUUUUCUGACACUCUUUUUUUUUCUUCAGAUAUUUAAAGCUUAUUUUAUUUCUACUAUAUGUAUUCCUUAAACCCUUAAUAGUUUUUUGUUAUAAUGUCUGAAAUUCACGUUCAGUUCUAACCUUUUUUAAAUGAUGUUAACAUUAUGUAGAUGUCUCAUACAAAUACUAAAGUAUUCACUCAAUGCUUGUAUUUCUGAGAUACACCUUGUGGAUUAAUAGAAUUGAUUGGUCAGUGUUUCCCAAACUGUGUUCCGCAGAACCCUAGUGUUCCAUGAGGUCUGAAUAGGUCUGAGUGAACUAGUAGACUAUCAUGUCAGUUAAUCUCUCUAAAAAAAUAAGCAAAAUGUUUCGUUAUAUAGUCAGAAUGUGCGAAGUGUUCCAUUAAAGAAAAAGUUUGGGAAACACUGGGUUAGGUAAAUCUAGGAUGUAUCCUUUCAAUAAAAAAGUUACUAUGACUUGUGGUCUAAAGGAAUGUUUGGGUAAAUAUAUUCAAUAUCCUUCCACUAAAAAAGGUGUACUUUACUUUUGAAGGUCUGAAGUAGUUAGGAUCCCAGUUUUUAUUUAACCAGUGUUCUUGUUUCAGUCUCUACAAAGAUGUCUUAGUUCAUUAUGUUUUGUUUUGUUCUAUACCAUUUGUGUUACUUCAGAAAUGUUCCGUUUAAAAUGAUUAAAUGUGGUUUAAUAUUUUAUGAUAUUCUAUUCAGGCAAGGAGAAUGAUAAGCCUAAAUGGCUAAUUGUACAAUAUUUUUUUCAUGAAUUAAUCAUCAGUUUACUUUGAACUGCUGUCAUUUUGCUGCAGACUGCAAACAACCCUUGUAUACGUUAUGUAUUGUAAAUGUCUCUAAUAAACAAACAAAUAUCUCAA